AUGGAGGGGAGUGCUGGUUUGGGAAAAAUGUAUGCUAUCGAUGUGGCCAAGAAGGGAAGGAAAGUGAAAGUCAAAGUCUUUGCUUUAACUCGGGAAGAGGCAACAGAGGAUCCAAAUGUAAUGGCAGACUCCGGAGCUACUCAUUCAUUUAUCUCCACCGCAUUUAUUGCUAAAUCACGUACUGCAUGUGAAAAAUCUGAUAGUGUUCUAGAAAUUUCUAUUCCAUCUGGUAGAAUUUUGAAUACCAAUCAGAUCGCUAGGGCGGUAAAAUUAGUAAUGGAAGGAAAAGAAUUUGUAGCUGAUCUACACCUCCUAGACAUGAAAGACUUUGACGUUAUUCUAGGAAUGGACUGGUUGGGAAGCAAUCACGCAACCAUUCGAUGUUUUGAAAAGGAAGUAUUUUUUCAGAGGCCUGGGGAGGAUGAAUUUCGAUUUUUCGCAGUACAAGUUAAGUCUUUACCGCGAAUCGUGUCGGCCAUGAAAGCAGAAAAGAUGUAA